AGAGAGGCAUGUGAAACUCCCCUGUUCAGAAACUGCAUAUCAAAGUCAAAUAAAGGAAGCUUCAAUUGUGACCUAAUCACAAUUCUCUCUCAACAAAAGGACUUUACUUAUAAAACCUGCAUCAAUUACCAACAUAAAGAAGAAAUCAAAAGCUUUUCACAAAACAAGAAGAAGAGACUGCCCUCAACUGUUAGGCCCUGUUUGGUAUCAAAGUUCUUGAGUUCCAAUACAUCAGAUAUACCAAUGGCAGAUCAACAGAGAAUCCAUCCAGUCACACAUGAUGUAGAGGCACCGCAGACACCAACAGUCCCAUUAAUGCCAAGAAACUCAUCCAAAUCCGAUCAAGGCGAUCCGGCCGCCCAGCAAUAUCCUCCUUUUCAACGUACUUUUCCAGUGAAGCACUCGAAACCACCCAAGAAAAGAAGCUGUUGCUGCAAGUGCUUGUGUUGGACACUCAGUCUUCUCUUGAUCCUUAUAGUAGUCAUCGGAAUAAUCAUCGGAAUAUUAUACCUUGUAUUCCGUCCGAAGCUACCGGAUUUUUCAAUCGACAGAUUGCAAAUAACCCAGUUCAAUCUGAGUUCCGAUUCAAGCUUAUCUGCUGCAUUUGAUGUCACUAUUACAGCAACGAAUCCGAACGAGAAAAUAGGUAUAUAUUAUGAAGGAGGAAGCCAUAUAGGCGUAUGGUAUUCAGGGACCAAACUAUGUGAAGGGUCACUUCCAAAAUUUUAUCAGGGUCAUGAGAAUACAACUGUCCUGAAUGUGCCAUUGACAGGACAUACACAAGAUGCAGCUGGGUUGCUAACUUCUCUUCAGCAACAGCAACAAGCAACUGGAAUCAUUCCUUUGAACCUUAGGGUUAAGCAGCCUGUAAGAAUUAAACUUGGGAAAUUGAAGCUUUUUGAGAUCAAGUUCUUGGUUAAAUGCAAGCUAGAUGUUGAUAGUUUAUCUACUAAUAAUGAUAUUAGUAUUAGAAACAGUAGCUGUAAGUUUAGCCUUAAUCUAUAAUUUAAGUUCUUUAAUUUUUUUUUUCUAUGUAAUAUAUAUUGCCCAUAGGCAGAUGCUUCUUCUUUUUUUUUUUUCCUUCGAGAUUUUUCUUUAUUGUUCAUAAAGUGGAGGAUUAUUUAUGCUAUUUUCCUCCCUCCAUGAUAUUAUUACAUAUAUAGACUUGUAUUUUAUUACAUUUAUUAAAGCAUAUAUACAUUUUUUUCAUAUA